AUGCUAGAAGAUCCAUGUCAAAAAGUUAUUCGCGUUAUUAAAGAGAAGCAACAUAACAGAGACUACACUUAUGAAGAAAGAGUGGCAAUACUUGACUUUCUAGUAAAGAGUAAAUUUGGAGAACAUUAUAUGGGAAAGAUCAGUGCCUUGCAUAGGUUAGCCUAUCAAAUGUAAUACGAAGUUUAUGAAAAGGGCAAGACAAUUUACACUAAUAUGGAUCAAAUUGAUAAGCAUUAUAUCAUUUUAAAUGGGAGAGUAGCUAUUUUAGAGAGCAAAAAUAUAGAAUAAAUGAACUACUAAAGAUAGAGAGAAUAAUAAUUUGACUAUGAUCGCACACUUUCCUAGCUAUAAGUAAAUUAAUAAGCUCGAUAGCUAAAGAAGAGAUGCGAACUUUAAUAAUAUGACAGUUUUGGAUUUAAUUUACAAUUAGCUUAACAAAAUACAUAGCAAUAUUCCCAAACUUCUGACCAUAUAGUCUUAGCUAUGGAAAAUACUCAUAUUUUAAUAUUAAAGGCAAAAAUAAUUCAAGAGAAUAAUGCAGAAAAUUUAUAGCUUAAUUGUAAAUUUGUUGGAAAGUAAUUGUAAGUAGAAUACACCUUGCUUAACGAUAUUAUUUGUGAGCAGUGCUUUAAAAAGAAAGGAAUGUAUAUUUGCUAAGAAAGUUAAAAUCCUCGUUUCAUUUAUUGCGUUUUAUAUGGUUCUGUUCUUUACCAAGAUUAAUCACCUGCUGGGACUAAUAGAAACAGAGUUGUUUUAGGUGAGGGAGCUAUUAUAGGUCAAUCUAUCAAAGGUGAAAAGCAAAGUAAUUCUAAUAAAGCUCAAAAUUAAAUUUCAUAAAAAGCUUUAUCUCGAUAAAAUAGCAGAUAUAAUGGUAUUUAGUUAGAUAUUUAAUCCGAUGAAAAAAUAAAUGAAAAGGAGGAGUAAGUAUAAUCUUCAAUACACUCUUCAUCUGAUUUUACUGUUAUAUUAAUGAUCGAUAAAGAAAAGCUUGGCUAAAAAUUGAUUGAAUACAGGAGGUAGUAGGAUUAUUCAAUAAAUAAUAGCAAUAAGCAGUAAUUUCACCAAAGUUCACAAAGGAGUAUUUAGAAACCUAAGGCAGAGAGCAGUUAAGUUAAUGAUUUUAAUGCAAAUAUUUAGUAAUCAAGAAGACAAUAAAGACCAGUUUAAGAAAUGAAUGUCACGAAAGGAAGAUUGGUGUUUUAAAAAAAGAGUAGGAGUUAAAGCUAUUCUAUUUUGUGCAAAUUGAUAUAAAAAGAAGAGAGAUCUAAUUCUUACAGCAGAAAUAAAUUAAAUUUUAUAGAACUAAAUCCUAAUUACAAAAAAGAGUAUUUAGCAAUUGAGUAACCAGAAAAUAAAAAUAGAAUAUAAACAUUAAUGGAAUAGUCAUUUUAUCAAAAUAACGAUGUCUAAAAUUCUAUGCAAACUAAAAACCUAUAAUUGUAAGCAAACGAGAACAAUAGUAAUAGGAAUGACUUUGAAGAUGUGGUUAAGAGACUUGCAGAAAAAAGUGUUUUCCCUUAAUAUUAUCAAUAGGAAAAGAAAUAUAAUAAAUUGCUAAUGAAAAACCUGAAAGAUAGGGAAUAGAUAGCUAGACUUAUAAUCGAGAGCAAAAAGCCUACUUACCUCCCAAAUUACUUUAGUAACCCUGAGAAUUUUGUAAACAAAGAUCAAUUAAUGAAUCAGUUUCACACAAAAUAUUUGCAUCAUAGUAUUAAAGAGAUUUAAAAUAACCAUAAAUAAAAAAGAAGCUACACUCACUAAAUCCAAAGUUAGAAUUCUACUGAAUAUUUAGAAAAUUUCAACAUAAAUAGUCUAUAAACUGAAGAAGAGAUAGAUAAAUUUAUCCAAAAAAUCAAUAGACAGCUUAUAAUAUCAGAGACUCAUCAAAACCAAAUACCUAACAAGACUUCAUAAAGCAUAUCAAAUAAAAAUAAUAAUAACAAUAACAAUAAUAAUAGUGUUAGUAGUCAUAACUAAUAAAUAAUUAAUAAAUAAUACACGCUUGGUAAUUUAAUCAGCGAAGAAAAUAUGGAUUUAAAUCAAGAGCAAGAUAAACUAAAUCACUUAACUGUAAAUUCAUAACAAUUAUUCUACCCAUAUAGAGUUCAAGAAAUGUUAGAUUAGUUUAUAUCUCUCAAAAACUAAGAAAGUGGAUAAAAGAAUAUAGAAUGUAUUGAAAUAAGAAAAUCUAGCAUUCCAUAAAUAAAAAAAUAAGGAUAGAGCUAAUAAGAAUAGUAUUUAAAAGAAGAGGUAUUUCAUAAUUAGAAUUAAAAUAUGCAAAAUAAUUGCAAUAUAUACUAAGAUAUUGCUUUUGAAAGUAAUUAGGAGCUUUAAGAGAUGGAUGUAAAUUACCCAUCUAACGACUCUUUUCAGAAUGACUAGUAUUUAAAUUAAUUAGAAAUUCGAGAAUAGGAUCAGAAUUUAAACAUGGAUACAGAUUAAACCCAAAAUUAUGAAAUUAUGAAUUAUUUUACUUCUAAUUAAGUAUCUAGGUUAGGAAGCAGAGGAAAUAUAGGGAUUAAUUAGGUAGAUAACGAAAAAGGAGUUCUUAGAUCACAAAGUGUAAAGGAGCUUAUCAAGAAAUAAAAUUUUAAACAAGAAUAAUUAAAAUCUUACAAAAUCGUAGAAUGA